CGAGUGUCGACGGGAUAUAUAUAUAUAUAUUUUCAUCCUUGCGUGCUGAUUCAUUCUUCAAUUGAACCUUACCAUCUUCACCACAAGCUUUGUUUCUUGGUACUAUUAGAUCAUUUUAUCAUGGCUUCUCGUCCAAAGGGUUUCGGCAUGACUGCAGAAUUGCAGAGAAAGAAAGAUGCUAAGUAUGAUCCAGAGUUAGAAAGACAGGCUAUUGAUUGGAUUGAAGCUGUUUUGGGUGAGAAAGCAUUGGGUGGUGCCUCAGGUCAAGAUGGAGUACAUGCAGCCUUGAAAGAUGGUAUUAUACUCUGCAGAGUUGCAAAUGCCCUUGGUGGAAGUAUUAAAUUCAAUCAAAGCAAGAUGGCCUUUAAAAUGAUGGAAAACAUUGGAAAGUUUCUUGAUUUUGCUGAUAAACUUGGAGUGCCUAAAUCAGAUAUGUUCCAGACAGUUGAUCUGUACGAGAAACAAAAUAUGCCUGGUGUCAUCAAUGGAAUUCAUGCUUUGGGAAGAAAGGCCCACAGCACAGGUAAGACCCCACAUCCACUUGGACCCAAGGAAGCAUCUGCAAACAAACGAGAAUUCACUGAAGAGCAACUUAAGUCUGGACAAAAUGUCAUCGGUCUUCAGAUGGGUACGAACAAGGGAGCUAGCCAAGCUGGAGAUCAUUUUGGGCGUCCAAGGCAGGUUGCAGGGGCCAACGUUUACAAAUAAACACAUCAGAGAAUAUAAAAAAUUCUCCUGCAGCAAGUAUGAAGAGUCAAGCUUGCCUUUAGAUUAACUGAUUCGUCUGUUUUAUUACGUUUUGAUAAAAAUGAGGUGAUUAAGCUUAACAUCAAUUAUAUACAAAAUAUAAGUCAUUAUGACUUAUGGAUUUUUUAUUUGACAUGUGACUAGACAUUUUAUGAAAUAUUUUUCUGUACCCUGCAUAUGUAAACAAUUUUUUCGCCAAUAAAUAUUGUAGCUGUGGUCUAUAAUAUCGGGGUUUUUUGCUAGUGUGAAAACAAUACUGAUGUGCACUCUGAUUGGCUAAGGCUAUGCUGCAGCGACAUUCUAUCAAUAAAUUUGUAAGUUCUGACAAUGUAA